AGUCAUCGGGUCGAAGGAAUGGUUUUCGCUAGUGUGUAACAUUUUCAUUUGCAUUCCCGAUUCCUGCCCACAGACUGCGAAAUAGUGAGCGCGAAAUCAAAUUUCAGAGAAUUAUCUGUGUCCAGAAUCGUGGGCCGUAAAAGGCAUGCGAAAUACCGUCCUCCCGAUAGUGAAAAAGUGAAGAAAAAAAAGCAAAUACCACUGUGCCCCUUUCCAAUUCAAUUCACGAUACGAAAAGGGGAGAACCCCAAAAACGAAUGUAAAGGGCAGGUAUACUAUGUUGUUGCAGUGCUACUGGAAAACGGUGGAAAACGAUCGAGCUCCGACACCAAAUCAACAACGCCUGUGCAUUAAAUUUCUCGCCUAGCGAUUAUGUGAAUAUCAAAGUACCCCUCUGGCCCGUUACGUGUGUAUGUUUGUAGUGCGUACCGUGCGUGCGUUUGUCGUGUGCAGCUCGUAGUGGAGCGUAGCAAAUCGACAAAUAUCUGUAAUUUUUUCCUACCGAAAAAUUGUGUCAACCUGAUCGCGGGCCUGUGUAGAAACCGUCGUACCAAAUUGCGAGGAGGCUCUUCUGCUGACAAACAAUUGCACAAGAAACGGAAAGCAUUCCGAUUUUGUCAACUAGCAGCAACAGCAGCAAUAACAGGAGCAGCAGCAGCAGCGAUCGAUCGAUCAUAUUGUUUCCGUUUUUGCCACCAGACAGCAUAAUCGGUGCAAAACACUAGUGUGCAUGUUUGCGGUGAUCAGAGCGAAUUUGUAAGAGGAAAAACAAUCGUGUAAUCGAAUAGCGCUGACUGGUGGUUUUGCGAAUAGUGGGAAUCGUUUAGUGGUGUGUGCGCAAGGGUACAUUGAUUCCUUUCACUGUGCGUGCGGUGCCGUGUGUGUUUUGCCAGUGCUUGGUACGGCCUCCAAGUGAAAAAUAAUGAGUCGCCAUGAAGGGGUCAGCUGUGAUUCGUGCUUGAAAAGUAACUUUCGUGGAAGAAGGUACAAAUGUCUGAUUUGCUACGAUUAUGAUCUGUGCGCGAACUGCUAUGAGGAAGGAGCGACCACAACCCGCCACUCCGCCGAUCAUCCCAUGCAGUGCAUACUAACGCAGUCGGACUUCGAGCUGUACUAUGGUGGCGAGGUGCUACCUCCGGAUCAGCCACAAUCAUUCACGUGUCCCUACUGCAAGCGGAUGGGGCUGAGCGAUGCGGCCCUGCUGGAGCACGUCGGCGCGGAACACACCGAUACCGGGCUGGAGGUGGUCUGCCCGGUCUGUGCGGCCCUGCCCGGUGGAGAGCCGAACUUUGUGACCGACGACUUCGCUCGCCAUCUCAGCCUGGAACACCGCAGCGGCUCUCGUGAUCUCAUCUCAUUUCUGGAUGAGCCGUCAGCGAUCCGCCAUGGAGGGGUCAGAAGGAUGCCACAUUCGGGCCGUGCUCUCGGCGGGCCCCGAUCGAGACGAUCCAACAUGCACUUCAGCUCGUCCGGCGGCGGACUGUCGACGCUGUCCCCAUCUGGACGCGAGUCGGUCGAUCCGAUCGCAGAACUAUUGCAGCAGUUGUCCAAUGUUCGCCGGGGUGGCGCACCCCAACCGUCGCAGUUGCAGCAGCUGCAAAUGCAAAUACAGCUCGAGCGACAGCAAGUCACUGCCGCCCGUCAACAGUUGGAGCGGCUACCAAGACGACAGCAGCAACCGAUCGUUUCCUCGUCCCCGAAUGCAACCGGUGUAAACAACAACAACAAUGCGGUUGGAACGACGCAGGCAAACCAGAACCACACAAUCAUCACGCUGAAUGCCGGCGGACGCGAUGCUCAGAUCGCUGCCUCCUCCUCGUUGCCAAUGGUGUCGACCGGGGUCGGUGUGUGCAACAUACUGGGAUCGGCGGUUGGUGCUGGUGGUAGCGGUGGGAUCGGUGGUUCCGGUUCCAACUCCCAACAGCAGUCCCAAUUUCUAAUGGCCCGAUUCAUGGUGCCCACCAUGGACGAGGCUGAGCAGGCGCAGCAGGAGCGAGCCAGAGCCGACAGAUCACAAUUCGUUCAAGCUUUAAUGUUAUCAACCAUCGCAAACAUUCAACCGUUUAACAAACCCACACACGACGAAGAGCUGUCUGAGGAGUUGAGUGCAUUGAAUCUAGGCGUUGGAAAUACUAGCAGUAGCGUUAACAGUAGUGUAAAAAGGCCGACCGCCUCUGCCGACGAUGGUGGUGAAGUGGGAGGAGAGCAGGAUGGCAGUGGCGGUGCUACGCAUAGUAACUAUGGUGGGGGUGGGAAGGAGGAUGAAAAUUGUGAUAGUUUGAAGCGGGGCGGUGCCGAUUCGGCCAACGGAGACGAGUCGCCGAACAUGCAUCCGACGGGGCAGGUCCCGUUGGUUCGUGGGCAGCAUGCCGCUUCCGGUAAAUCGAAAGGAAGCUCUGCCAAGGCUGUGGGUUUAGGAGCCGCCGUAGGUGGUGGUGGUGGAGGAGCUGUUGACCGCAGAUCAUCGCGCCAAACACCCCCGUCAUCCGGUGGUAAUGCUGCUGGUAAAUCCCGCGAACUGAAGCAAGCAAACUCUUCGUCGAACACUUCCACACCGGUGUCGUCGAGACAGCAGCACCACGUACCCGACUCCAGGUAGUGUUUGAUCGGUGAAAUGAUGGUAUAAAUUAUUUAGCAGCAUGAGCAGCAGCAGCAGCAAAAGUAACAAGAGUAAUAGUAGAGCAAACACAGGAGUGUAGCAACCACAACCACACGUAAUAUAUUUGUCUCUUAAUCCAUUGGAAUGUAAUGGUAAGAUCAGAUGAAUGCAGGCAACCCCGAAAACGGACGGAUAGAAGGAAAAUAAAUUAUGUACCGAUGCAGGGCAUGAGUGCGCAUAGAGGAAGUAUUUUUUCAAUCAUGUGUCCACGCCCAGCGCCAUCUAAGAAUGUGUAAACAAACCAACAUCAAAAAUGAAGAAUAACAAAACGUAACAUUAUUAUGUGUGAUCACCAAAAAAACAAAACAAAACCCUAUAGAUUGGUUUGGAGAAAGCAGAGUAGCCAGCACCGCAUAGAGCUAAGGGGGUAAAAACAAUAUUAAAA